AUGGGAAUCAAAGGUCUCUGGCAGGCCCUGCGCGAGUACGUCGACGAUGGCCAUCUGUCUCAGUUUCGCGGCCAGCGCAUGGCGGUCGACAUGUAUGUGUGGCUGCACCGGUGUAUACAUCGCUCUGUGCGCAUCCGCACUGAGUCGGUCGUCGCCUUCUUCGACGCCAAGUAUAGCGGCACCCCGUGCGGCACGGAACCGAACUCGUUAGACAGCGGAGGUGACGCCGUGGCGCGUGCGUCACCGUCGCCGGCGUCGUUGUCGCUCGACGAUGUCCUGGUCAUCGAUGAUCAGUUUGUGGCACUCGUGGUGGACAAGGUGGCAGCGCUUCAGCGCUUCGGUGUUAUUCCUAUCUGCGUCUUCGAUGGCGCAGGAAUGCCGAUGAAAGGCGGCACCGACGAGGAGCGACAGCGGCGGCGAGUAGAGGCUUUUCAAGGGGCACUGAUCAAGCUGGAGAGGCUCUACUGCGAUGCGCGUCGUCAUCGCGGGUACACGGUGGAGGGCCACACGGCUGGUUCACGCAUCACGCUUCCGCGAGACUCGCGCCACUAUGAGGAGGCUGUUCAGCUGCUGGAGAAGGCUGUUGACAUCUCCACAGAGCUGGCACACGCCGUCAUCCAGGUGUUGAGGGAAGAGCGCCAUGUGGAGUGCAUCGUCGCGCCGUACGAGGCGGAUGCGCAGCUGGCCUACCUAUGCCGUGAGGGGUACGUCGCGGCAGCGGCGUCGGAGGACUCUGACUUGAUCGCGUACUACUGCCCCUGCGUCAUCUCCAAGCUGGACACUUUCUCCGGCAAGUGCGAAGUGCUGCAGCCACCGCUGUGCGCGCCGCACUUCUUCCGGCGUAUGGCCGCAACGAGCGCCACCGCCUCCUCCGCUGCCGCGCUGCUGCUGCGGUCCGCCACCGGCGACCGACGCGCCGCAGCCGACGCAGAUGCGGCUGGGCACCGGCGUGAUUGCGUGAACAGCGACCACGCCCGCAUGCGAGCCGCUGCGCUCCAGUCUCUCCAGCGACCCCAUAACUCCAUCAACGGGGUGGUUGACGCGAACUCGGGUGAGGGUACCACCAGCGCCUCGAUCGCCGCAACCGCAAGCGGAUUCACCUACGAAUCCUUCCUGCUUGGCUGCAUCUUGAGUGGGUGCGACUAUGUGCCCAACCUGCGCUCCAUCGGGGUCAAGAAGGCGUUCAAGCUGAUCGCGCACGCCACAUCGCUGCGCCAAUGCUUUACCACCCUGGAGCGUGAAUUCGGAUUUCCAGCGGACGAGCUGAGGCGCUAUCGGCACCGUAUCUUGGAAGCCUUUUACUGCUUCGCACAUCACCUCGUGUACUCACCCCUCACACAGGAGAUCGUAACAUACCAUCCCCUGCCCAGCUCCGACAGCGGCGUCACCGCUGUGCUCAAAACGCAACUGGUUGGCGAGGUGUGGCCUGCGCAGAUGGCGCAGGAAGUGUGUGUGCAGUGCCUCAAGGACCCGUGCACCCUGCAGCUCUAUAAGGGCGUGUAUCAGCCAUGCGUCACACAGUACCUGCAGAGGACAAGGCGCGGGCAGACCUCACUGAGGGCGUACACCGGCUUCCACGAGAUGUCGUCGAACCGCGUUGUGGUGCACCUGGAGAAGCAGCGGCGAGGCGAAUUGGCCAUCUCGCAGCGCAGUCCUGACAAGGCUAGCUUCGGCGCACCCUUGAAGAAGCAGCGUGUUGCCUCUGGAUUUAUCGGCAGCAACGCAGCGCCGCCCCAGUCGUCGUCCUCGUCGCGACAGCAAGCAGGGAUGGUGGUUGUUCGAUCGCGGUUCUUUAUGGUGCGCGGGCGCACCGCGGUGUGUGAGCAUUGGUCCACCAGCGAGACGGACAACGACGAUGACGCGGAUAGCGGCGGGCCAGAGGAGCACGUGAUGGUGCCAAGGCGGGCGUCUCUCUGCCCAGCAGAGCCGAUGACCAACACCAGCACCAGUAGUCACAACCCUUUUGCGUCGUUGGCGCACCGCCCAUCAUCGCCGGCGUCGCUCUCGACCACGAAGGCGGCGAGCGGCAGUCUCACGGAUGACUCGCCCAACGGGGUCGGGGCUGCCGCGACCACCACCUCGUGCCGCACAGCCGGGAUAACUGCAGAGGAAGGGACGCAGGAGAUGAUGGAUAGUGGCACUCCCAGCGACUGUGCUAAGUUCGAUGAUUCCGCCGAGAACUUGUCCUCCUCUUGGAUGGGCGGUGGUGGCGCAUCUACGAGCGCAGAAUCUCUGCUCUGCACAUCCGCUUCAGCUCUCUCCAUGAGGGAUUCAGAGAGCGCGAGGGAUGGGGAAUGCGAGGUGGAGGGCGAGCACAGGUCAACGCGCGUGCAGGCGGUAAGGGAGGCGCUGCGAAACGUCUGCUGCAUGGCAGAGACCCCAGACAUUGAGCCAAACACGGACGACAUUGCUCAAGACACCGAUGCGACGGCGAGGGCUGUUGGGACGCAUGCCGCAUCGCCUGCGCCGCCGCCACCGCGCUGCAAUUGCCCGUUCGGCUAUCGGAAGUGCAACCGUGCGCACUCCGUUUUCGAGUCUUGCUUUCUCGGGCGGCCGUGGAGCCGCGAUGAGGGGCCGCCGCCGCCACCGCUGCCCCCGGAGCAGCCGGCGGCACGUGCGCCUGCCUCGGCUAAAGACUCUUCAACGGCGUCGCCGCAGUCUUCGCCAGCGAGUCCUCUGCAGCGAUCAGCCGUGUCGCCGGCGGGAAAAGUCGCUGCUGGGUAUGUGCCGCGCGCUUUUCGCCCUCCGCGCUCCACCGCGGCUGCCUCGGCUGCGACUCUCUCCGCCUCCGGCAAUUCACCGCCGGUGCCUCUGAACGACUGCGACAUGACGACCAAGACCGAGGACUUGGCGAUGCUCCGGUCACCUUCAGAGGCGGAGUUCUUGGCAGCCGCACCGCUCACAUCGCCAUCCUCGUCGAUGUUGCCAUCGUCUCCGACGGAUGGGGGCCCUGCGAGCAGUGCAGCACCACCGCCGCUGCCGUCAUGCGCACCUGCAGUGAGCAUGGCAAUCUUCGAGAAGAUGUUGUUCAAGAAGACGUAG